AUGAGUCCUCCACCAUCAAAACGUGCAAAAAUUUCCUCCGAAAACUCUCGCGCAUUUUUUAUUGAAAAUAUUCUUUCUUCAAUUAUUUCUUCACCAAAUUUAAUUGAUUUACCGCAAUCCGGCCAGGGACAUCCAGAAAAAUACAUCACAAAAUUAGAACAACAAGUUAUUCACAAUAGAAAAUUCCGCUACACUAAAUGCCACACAAAAUUCCAAAUCAAGGAUGUUCCCGCAGACCCCGAAGGUCUUCUCGCUGGUAUAUUCGCUUAUUGUAUUGAUUCAGCAAUUGAAGAAAGUCGUGAGAAAGGUUAUGAGGCAGAUCAUUUAGGGUGUAUUAUUAGCAGCGAAUUACUCGAUCCGGCUGUGUGGAUUCCUAUUAGACAACUUAAUGACAACACUGUUGAUUCCAUUUUAAAUCAGUUCCUAAAAGUUGGUCAAAGUAAAAAACAACAAGGAACAACACUGUGGGGAAAACCCUUUGAUGUAAAAGUAACUACACUUGAUAUGAGAAAUCUACCUGAACGUCUAAGGAUUGUUGGAGGUCGUAAAAAUGCUACCACACAUCACCGAAUUAAUCAGCAAUGUUUGAUUAAGAUCAAUAACAUUGACGGCAAAAAUCAUUGCCUUUUCUUCGCAUUACAAGCGACACUUGUUUACAGCACUGGAGGACUCUCACGUUCACAAUUUUACAAUUAUUUACAUGGCCGCUAUGGAUCUAGAAAUAAAUUUAAGAAAGAAACUUAUGAACUUAUUAAAGAAGUUGGAGCUACAUUUGGCUUAAAAGAAUAUGCGGCAGAGGACUGGGUUGGACCAGUUGUUGAUUAUUGGAACAACAAAUAUAAUGGAAAAUUUACAUUUAAAGUCUUUAUUUUUGGUUCAUCAGGGAACUACAAGCCAAAGUAUAAAUAUGGCCCCGAAAUUUAUGAUACCCCUAUAAUUCUUUAUCACGACAACAACCAUUUUGAUGGUGUUCAGAAAGUUGGAAAUAUUUUUGGUCAAUCUUAUUGCCUUUCGUGUGAAAUGGUUUACAGCAGACCUCAGGAUCAUAAUGCUAAAUGUCUUUCACGUUGUUUAAAAUGUUCACAAAUGGGACCAAAGUUCCCCUGCAAAAAGGAAAAUUUUCACAGAAAAUGCAAAGAUUGCUGCAAAACGUUUGAAAAUAUAGAUUGCUUCUUACAUCAUUUAAAUAGUGGAUUUUGCAAAAAUUCUAAACAAUGUGAAAAAUGUGGUGAAAUUUAUAACUAUCAUGAUAACACCAAAAAUGGUCGCAAAGGACAUGUAUGUUUUGAAAAAUAUUGUGGGAAAUGCGGGGAUUAUCACGAUCCAAAAAGAGGGUGCUACAUCAAGCCUUUAAAACCUAAACAACGGGAUCCAUAUCGAUUAGUGGCAUUUGACUUGGAGACAAUGCAGCACAGAAUUACAAAUCCUGCUAAACAACAAAGAAUUCAUGAGACAAACUUUAUUGCUGCAAAGAUUUUUGCGGCCCCCACCGCACCAUCUCAUUUUCACAUCAAAAUUACAAUGAUACAACUACUGAUCACAAAAUUAUUUCACAAAAUCCACUAG